GAAUCGGACGUGUUCGGCUAACCCAGUUCGCGUCAUCCGUCGUCUGGGCCGUAACAAAAACACGUUUACGAAACUCACGACGCCAUCGUCGUCAUCUCGUUCUGGCCCGCGCGCGUAAACCAAGUCAACAGAGAAACAAAACAAGCAGCCAGCCAAAAGCAAAAGCCCCACCAUCAUCAACAUUAUCAGCGCGCGUAAUGGAAAUGGCGCCCCGAACAAUCAUGUGAAAUUGGUGUAAAAUGCAGACAAGAUGGAGCCCCGGCAUAAAGGAAAUGGGAAUCGUGCGAAAGGCAAUAACACAUCAAAUUGGUAUUAGAACUUGUUACUUUGGCGCCCCGUCCUAACUAUAUAAAAGAAGGGGCGGAAGCCGGGCGUGGCCGCUGUGAAGCAAAUUGGAACAAGAACGAGAACGACUUCGUUGUCUGCCUGUCGCUGGUUGCAACAUAAAAGUCAAUUAAUGUACAAUUACAACAACGACGGCAACAGGAGCAGCGCCAACAACCAAAGGUGCUUCUGGCUCCAAAAGGCAAGGCAAGAGAGAGGAGCGAAAUUACAGCAAAUUACACGCAACGAGUCCUAAAAGCUGCGGUCCAAGUUGGAGCAGGACCCGGAAACGGAGUGGACCGAGGAGGAGGAGUCGGUGUACCAGAACCUAGAGCUGGUCCCAUCAUCGCCACCAGCGCCUCCCCGUCGCCAUCAGCAUCAUCGGCAUCACCAUCAGCCACACCACUGCCAUCCAUUGUCCAGCGGUGGCAGGGGCAGCACCAAGAACGACGGAAGCGAGAGCCAAAAGGACGACGACGACGAGGACGUCGACGAAGGCGGCGGCAACAAAAUGACUUUCGUUAACAAGCUGAGCAAAAGCUUUCGCUGGCUGCGCUGCUCGACAUUGUGUGCAAUUUUGUUUUAUAUGUUUUUCAUUGGCCUGAUCCUGCACAGCACUAGCCACAAGCUGCAGCAGCAGCUCAAGGAGCAGAGCAGCAGUAGUAGCAGCAGCAGCAGCACUCAGGCCGAGCCGAAAAUGGCGCCCAAUGCGGGCCAGAGUGGCGCCCAACGUGGGACAGUCGGCCGAAGCCAGCUGAAUGCGCUGCAGGAACUAGAGCAGCAGCAACAAAAACACCAGAACAGACUAAAGACCCAGCCCGUGGCGAACAGUUUUGAUCUGGGGAGUGAGCAUCAGAAUCCCCACCGCCGAAAGGGACAGGAGAAGGCGGGCAAUGCCAGCCAAUCCCCUAACCAGCCCGAAACAGUUAUUUUGGCGGCCAGCAAUGUGAACGAGAAGCAAAUACUGGCAAAAGCAUUCAAACGUGCCGAUCGAAAUCGCGAUGGAAAACUGUCCAUCCAGGAGAUGGGCCAGUACAUCAACCGUCGGAUCGUGGAGCACAUCGACGAGGCGAUCCUAAACAAUGCCCGCGAGUUCCGGCGCGUGGAUAUUGGACCAGCGGACGGGCUGAUCACCUGGGAUGAAUACCAUCGCUUCUUCCUGCGAGAGCACGGCAUGACGGAGGCAGACAUCGAUGAGCACGAUGAGAUUCGGCACACGGCGCUGAAUCGACGGGCCAGGGAGGACAUGAUGCGGGACAAGGCCCGCUGGUCGGAGGCCGCUCGCACCGAUCUGUUCACGUUGACCAUCGACGAGUACUUGAGCUUCCGGCACCCCGAGUCCAGCGUGUCCAAUCUACUAGAGCUGGUGGACGACCUGCUGCGCCAGUUCGACCAGGAUGGCGACGACCAGCUGACGCUGGAGGAGUUCUCCGACCUGAACGUGGACGACGAUGAUGACCUGCUGCGGAAGUCGUUGAUCUCCAAGACGUUGGUGGAGCGUCGCGAGGAGUUCAAGCGGAUCAUCGACAAGAACCACGACGGCAAAGCCGAUCGUGGCGAGCUCUUAAACUACGUGAACCCGAAGACACCGCGAUACGCCCUUCAGGAGGCGGCCACCUUGUUCAGUCUGUGCGAUGAGAACAAGGACGAGCUGCUGACCCUUAAAGAGAUGACUGACAAUGCCGAGAUCUUUCUGCAAUCCAAGAUGAUAGACACGGCAAACAGUUUUCACACAGAAUUCUAAUUAUUGGUUGCGUUGCCUUUACCACACCUUCCCCUUUGAGCAUUUAUAGUGAUAUUAAUUUGUAAGUUUGUGCACCUAAAACUACAAUUUAGUUAGACGAAAGGCAUUUUGUGUUCACCUUUGUACUCUAGAACAAGUAGGAUCAGAUGUAACCAUGAAAGGAAAUCAUUUCUCGUGUGAUCUUUCAAUAACUAAUCGUAAGCAUGCUAAGCAAGCAUAAAUUGGCACACACAUACACCAA